CCGUAUCUUUGGCAGCAGCAGCAGCUCGCGUAUUCCAAUAUGUCAGCCAUUGUUUGAACCUGAGCAGAUCCAUUUGCAAAGGCGAUUGUUCGGCAAUUUUCGAUCAGAUUUUCGCGUUUUUCCCGUGCAAAGUUCGGUCCGUUCGGUGCGGCAACGUUUCGGUGUGAAAUCUACGGUCUCUCCGCGUCUGUUUUUUUGGUGGGUUGGUGUGUUUCCGAGAAGAAGUGUUGUAGAAGUGCAGUUGUGAAGUCGAAACCGAAGGCAGAAGAGAUAGAAAUAAGAGAAGCUCUGGAAGUAACCCGAAGAAAGUAGUGCACAAGUGAGCGGCCAUCACCAACACGAGCGCGAGCGCCUCCGAAGUUAAACCUGAAAAUUUUUUGAUCAAAGAGCAGGCAAAACGGAAAAAAGGCAUCCAGAAGAAGAAGAAAUUGUGUGAUCUUCUGAUCAAUCUUGUUGAGUUUUGAGUGAGCAGUGGAAAAAAGCGUUUGCAGAAAACAAAGAAAAGCAAGAGUGUGGGCCCGAGUGAGGGAAAAAGGGGAAGAAGGAAGACAAGUGUCCGGAUUAUGAUUGUUGUUUGGUCGUGAUAUCGAAUUUGUUCAACCAGGCAUAGAGGAAAUCAGUUGUUGCAGAAACGGACGCGCUUUGGAUUGAUCCACUUCAACAAUAAACACAGCCGAUCGCCACCGCUGCCAUCAUCGUCGUCGGUGCAAAUCAACGCCAUUCAAGUCACCGCUGCGAGCAAAUCACCAACGAACCGUGUUGUCCGGUUUGAGUUGGCCGCUUUUCGUCUAUUAUAGAGGAUCCUAAGGAUACAGUUUUUAUGAAUCAUUUCCCAUUAAGUUAGGUUAUGGCAAACUUGAAUUUCCAACAGCCUCCGAGAAGUAUACCAAGUAGUGCAUCGUUGAGUGGGAGAGGAGGUACUGCGGGUGGUUUCGGUAAUAGCUCAUUAUCGGGCCAUGUCACACCAACGUCUGGUAUGUUUCCAACUGCAGCAACGGGAGCAGGGAGCUUCGGAGCAAGUCAGCCACCUCACUCGCAACAACAGCAGCAGCAGCAGCAGCAGGGUCAGGGGCAGCAGCCGGUGGGCCAAGGUGGCCAGAGUCAACCCCCGCAACUGUCACCGGGCACCGUGGGGUCGAGGAACGGGGGAAGUGGGGCAGCUUCAAGCGGUGGUUCCAGCAGUGGCGGAAGUGGCGUGGUCGGCGGAAGUAGUACGAACCCUGCGACCUCUAGUGCUAGUACCAACGGUUCCCAGCAGCAGUCCCAGCAGCUUUCCUCCUCGAACUCGUCCGCAUCCAGUGGGGCGAACGCGAGGAGCAACCUGUUCAGUGGACAACGAGGCUUCGCGGACCGAAGGGCAAUGCCGGGACUUAGUGGAACGACGAUGUCUAACAUGGUCUCGUUCAUGCAGUCACGAGGAUAUGGAUCUCAAAGCGGGAAUAGCAUCAAUAAUUUCCAUAGCGUGUUCGACAACGGUACGGCGGAGACGGGAACUCCCCCGCUGCUCGACCUGUCCGAGUUUCCAUCGCUCACGAACGCGCGGGGUGGCCAGAACGAUCAAUCGUUACCGCAGUCGAACGCACUGCAGCCUCCCGGGAGUAAACCGUAUGUUGGUAUGGUAAAGCAGCCAACGUCCGAGCAGACGGAGUUCACGAUGUCGAGCGAAGACUUCCCGGCCCUGCCUGGCACGCAGAACGCGGAGAGUGGUCAGCUGGCAGCGAGUCAAGGUCUGCAAGGCGUCCACCACCAUCAUCAUCAUUCAGACCAUCAUGGUGCCGAUAGUCUAGGUAAGACGGGUGGUCCGAUCGGUGGUGCUGCUGGCAUGGGGAUGGACUUGCAGAACGACGCUGGUAGUUCCAACGUGAACAUGGACAAGGGAGCUAUGAAACGAGGCGUACAAACAUCACCCAAUGGAAUGGUAACGAAUAUUCCUGCUAGUAUGGUCAAUAACCAAUUCGGUAUGGUUGGUCUCUUAACGUUUAUCCGCGCCGCCGAAUCCGAUCCAAACCUGGUAACGUUGGCAAUGGGCCAGGACCUGACGGCCCUUGGACUGAACCUAACUUCGAUCGAGAACCUGUAUCCUAGUUUCGGCGGCCCCUUUGCCGACUCUCCGGCGAGACCCCAAGAUAUCGACUACAACGUACCACCAGAGUAUUUGAUCAACGUGUCAAUAAGGGAAAAGCUGUCGAAGGUGACGUUGCAGAAAUAUAAGGAUGAUCUAUUAUUUUAUUUAUUUUACACGAAUGUUGGUGAUUUGAUGCAGAUAGCUGCCGCAGCGGAGCUCCAUAGUAGAGAUUGGCGAUACCACACGGAGGAAAAGGUGUGGAUCACUCGUGUGCCGGGCAUGACACCGUACGAAAAGAAUGGCACAACGGAACGUGGCACGUAUUACUACUUCGAUGCGCAAAAUUGGCGACGGGUGCCAAAAGAAUUUCAAGUGGAUACAGUGAAGUUUGAUAAAUGUCCAAAUCCAAGUGCUUACGUUGCUGCGAUGAGCGGACAGUCUGUAUAAUAUUUAUUAAUUUGUAAUUAAAAGAAAAAAUGCAGAAAACAAGAAGCAGAUGAAAGGAAAAAAUUAAAAUUUUCUGAUUCAAUAUAA